AUGCUCUAUCACAUGACUGCUAGGAUAUUGUGUGUCAUGAAGUGGCAGAUGAGAGCAUCCCGAUUUGUCCAUUCACAGACACGAUAUGACAACAUACGAUGUGAUGGGAGAGCAUGGGGUUUUCCGCCCUCCGGUCAACAAGAUGGGCGCGCAAAAAGGCUCCGCGAGAUGGAACAAAACGUGACCGUAAGCGUCAGCAGGCAUCCCACAGACUUGGAUUUCAAACCAACCUCCUUCAUACGGAACUACCAUGCAGUACCGCUCCUCGGACCUGGGCAGAAGGAUCCAAGGCACAAAUAUGAUCAGCUGUUCCAAUCGUCAGGGUUUGAUUUGACGUUGUCGUAA